CCGUGCCGAGCCACACAGAGCUGCGCCACGCUGAGGCACGGUACGGAACGGCACCGCACGGUUGCACACAGGGAGAACCGGACCAGGUGAAUGCGGUCCUGAACGCGGGACACUGUCGCACACACUUUCCCAUCACUUCCGGAGAUAAGAAGGCGAGUCGGGGCAUCUUCACCCAGACAGGGAAGAGGAAUUUCACUCCUCCUCCUCUUCCUCCGUGAACAGCUUCAACAAUCUUCCCAGUGGCCCGAGGGACGCGUCGUUUGACCGCAGUGUGUAUCCAGCUGCCCCUCCGGGUAUCGACCCUCUCCAGGUGUCGACAGUGUGGUGAAGUGCGGUGCUGUCUGUGGCCGAAGCUGUGCGGGAAGGAGCCGUGUCCGUGUCCGCCAUGGAGAACGCUCACACGAAGAGUGUGGAAGAAGUUUACAGUUAUUUCUGCGUCAAUGAGAGCACAGGACUGUCCCUGGACGAGGUGAAGAGGCAGAAGGAGAAAUGGGGCCUAAACGAGUUACCAGCUGAAGAAGGGAAAUCUUUAUGGGAGCUUGUCCUCGAACAGUUUGAAGAUUUGCUUGUUCGAAUUCUUCUGCUGGCUGCAUGUAUAUCUUUUGUCCUGGCCUGGUUUGAGGAGGGGGAGGAAACGAUCACAGCCUUUGUGGAGCCUUUUGUUAUCCUACUCAUUCUUAUAGCCAAUGCCAUCGUCGGUGUGUGGCAGGAACGCAAUGCUGAGGAUGCCAUUGAGGCACUUAAAGAGUACGAGCCUGAGAUGGGGAAAGUCUACCGGCAGGACAGGAAAACUGUGCAGAGGAUCAAGGCCAGAGAGAUCGUGCCUGGUGACAUCGUAGAGGUUGCCGUUGGAGACAAGGUACCUGCUGACAUCCGGAUCUGUUCCAUCAAAUCAACCACCUUGAGAGUUGAUCAGUCCAUUCUGACUGGUGAAUCUGUCUCAGUCAUCAAACACACCGACCCUGUGCCCGACCCACGUGCCGUCAAUCAGGACAAGAAGAACAUGCUCUUCUCCGGCACUAACAUCGCAUCUGGGAAGGCCGUGGGUGUGGCUGUGGCCACCGGCGUUAACACAGAGAUUGGUAAGAUUCGUGAUGAGAUGGCUGCCACAGAGCAGGAGAAGACGCCCCUGCAACAGAAGCUUGACGAGUUUGGCGAGCAGCUGUCCAAGGUCAUCUCCAUCAUCUGCAUUGCUGUGUGGAUGAUCAAUAUCGGACACUUCAACGACCCCGUCCACGGAGGCUCCUGGAUCCGUGGGGCGGUCUACUACUUCAAGAUCGCUGUGGCGCUGGCCGUGGCCGCAAUCCCUGAGGGUCUCCCAGCCGUUAUCACUACCUGCCUGGCUCUGGGCACUCGCCGCAUGGCCAAGAAGAACGCUAUUGUCCGCAGUCUGCCAUCUGUUGAGACCCUGGGCUGCACCUCUGUCAUUUGUUCUGAUAAAACAGGAACCCUGACAACCAACCAGAUGUCUGUGUGCAGAAUGUUCAUCGUCAACAAAGCUGAAGGUGACAGCUGCUCUCUGUCAGAGUUCACCAUCACAGGUUCUACCUACGCACCUGAGGGAGAAGUGUACCAGGAUGAUAAACAAGUGAAGUCCUCCCAGUAUGAUGGCCUUGUUGAACUGGCCACCAUCUGUGCUCUGUGUAACGACUCCUCCCUGGACUUCAAUGAGGUGAAAGGUGUGUAUGAGAAGGUCGGCGAGGCCACAGAGACGGCGCUGACAUGUCUUGUGGAGAAGAUGAACGUGUUCGAUACCGAAGUCAACAGCCUGUCCAAGAUUGACAAAGCUAACGCCUGCAACUCUGUGAUCAAACAGCUGAUGAAGAAGGAGUUCACCCUUGAGUUCUCCAGAGACAGGAAGUCCAUGUCCGUCUACUGCACCCCGAACAAGUCUCGUUCUUCCAUGGGCAAGAUGUUUGUCAAGGGGGCCCCAGAGGGAGUUAUUGAGAGAUGCACUCAUGUCAGAGUUGGAAACAGCAAAGUUCCCCUCAACAAAUGUAUCAAAGAAAAGAUCAUGUCUGUGAUCCGUGAUUACGGGACAGGUCGGGACACCCUAAGGUGCCUGGCUCUGGCCACACGAGACAGCCCACCCAAAAUGGAGGACAUGAUACUGUUAGACGCAGCCAAAUUCGUGGACUACGAGUCCGACCUGACCUUCGUCGGCUGUGUCGGCAUGCUUGACCCCCCCAGACAGGAGGUGGCCGCCUCCAUCAAGCUGUGCCGCAAGGCUGGCAUCCGCGUCAUCAUGAUCACCGGGGACAACAAGGGCACGGCUGUGGCUAUCUGCCGCCGAAUCGGCAUCCUGAGCGAGGAGGAUGACAUUGAGCGCAUGGCCUUCACCGGACGGGAGUUCGACGACCUGUCACCAGCCGCCCAGCUAGAGGCUGUGACUAAUGCUCGCUGCUUUGCUCGAGUUGAGCCUUCCCACAAGUCCAAGAUCAUUGAGUUCCUGCAAGGAUUUGACGAGAUCACUGCUAUGACAGGUGAUGGAGUGAACGAUGCCCCUGCUCUGAAGAAGGCAGAGAUCGGCAUCGCCAUGGGCUCUGGCACUGCCGUGGCCAAGUCAGCCUCUGAGAUGGUCCUCGCCGAUGACAACUUCUCUUCUAUUGUGGCCGCCGUUGAAGAAGGCCGAGCUAUUUACAAUAACAUGAAGCAGUUCAUCAGAUACCUUAUCUCCUCCAAUGUGGGAGAGGUCGUUUGCAUCUUUCUGACGGCUGCACUGGGUUUCCCUGAGGCUCUGAUCCCAGUUCAGCUGCUCUGGGUCAACCUGGUGACAGACGGCCUCCCCGCCACUGCCCUCGGCUUCAACCCCCCAGAUCUGGACAUCAUGGAUAAGCCGCCCCGCAACGCAAAGGAGGCCCUCAUCUCAGGCUGGCUCUUCUUCAGAUACUUGGCCAUUGGAUGCUAUGUGGGUGCAGCCACAGUGGGAGCUGCUGCCUGGUGGUUUAUACUCUCUGACGAUGGACCUCAGGUCACUCUGUACCAGCUGAGCCACUUCCUCCAGUGCAGCUCCGACAACCCGGAGUUCGAGGGACUGGACUGUCACGUGUUCGAGUCGCCCUACCCCAUGACCAUGGCCUUGUCUGUGCUCGUCACCAUUGAGAUGUGCAACGCUCUGAACAGUCUGUCAGAGAACCAGUCCCUGCUGCGGAUGCCACCCUGGGAGAACGUUUGGCUGCUGGGGGCCAUCUGCCUCUCAAUGUCUCUCCACUUCCUCAUCCUCUAUGUGGAGCCUCUGCCUGUCAUCUUCCAGAUUACUCCUCUGGAUGUGACCCAGUGGAUGAUGGUGCUGAAGAUCUCUCUGCCGGUCAUCCUGCUGGACGAGCUGCUUAAGUUUUUGGCCAGGAACUACUCAGACCUUGGUAAAAAGCUGGAGAAGCCGGCCGCCAGAGGCUGCUCUCUGUCUGCAUGCACCGAGGGCAUCUCCUGGCCCUUUGUGGCCAUCUCCCUGCCUCUGCUGCUGUGGAUCUACAGCACCGACACUAACGUGUCCGCCAUGUUGUGGCCCUGACUGACUCCUGUGCACACCCCCCCUCCUCCUCCCCCCUCCUCCCGUGCACCAGUGUGAAGUGGGAAUUAACGCACACAUCUAACACCCUCACAUUCAUUUUGAACAACUCGUAGUCGACCCGUGCACCUGCUCUGAUGGCCUGUGUGCUGUGAGAUCUUUUGUAUUUAGGACAUUUUCACUGUUACAUAUUUUUACGUAGGGAGAGAUGGAGACUAGGGGGUGUAGGUCUUACUUUGACUCUGACUGACAUCAUAUCCAUGUUUUUAUUUUUGGUUCACCGUCAUGCGUUUCCUCUCUUAUGAUCUCCUGUUUUGAACAGUGUAGGAUCCCAUGGGAGCUGUGUUGAGCUGUACAGAGAAUUUACACUAUUUUAUAAUGAUUAAUAUUUUUUAAUUUUGGGGGAGGGGCUGCAGGAACAGGACUGCUGGGUGUGAAGAGAAUUGAGCUGCGAGGAAUCGUAUUGUACAAUACUAAUUCUGGGGCCACGACUUGAUUUAUAUAUACACGUAUCGAUAUGUAUUUGCCCUAGCACAAAUUUCACUCGUCAUUUUUUAGCGCCGUGCAUCUUGUUGAUUAUUAUUUUCUGCAUUAGGCAGAGCACAGCUACCUCUAUGCUGUUAAUAGAACCAUUACUACCCAUCAGUCUUAACAACCACUUACACAUUAUACCAUUUGUCGUGUUGAGGUAAGCACCAAAUAGUUUUGUAGUAGAGAAAACUACUUACAUGCGUUUUUAACGUCGAAUAUAUUUUUAUUUUCUCUGUUAUUUGAGGGAAAAGCAGAUGAACCUGUUACCUGUGUGAUUCAAAGCAUUUUCUUUUUAUAUAUAUAUAUAAACAGCCUGUUGUUCAAUUUGUUUACUUGAAGAAAACACAUAUGUCUUGAUUUUCUCUUUUAAGUUUCAUUUUUGAGAUGGUCUUAAUUUUUUUAAAUCUUAAUUACAGUUUAUAACGUCUGUAAAAUGUGCACAUACUGUACCUGAAUAUGUAAAGAUGGCACCAAGACGCUGUCAGUUGUAUCAGCUGAGCACAACACCGAGACCUCUGAAAGGCUGAAAUCCUCCAUCAUUGGAAGAGUCUGUAUAUGUGUACAUAGCACACAAAGUAGAAUCUCUGUAUAGAUUUUUGUCCUUGCUGAAAAAUGCUCCAUACCGUCCCACUCGUUUACUUAAAGCCUGGUCCCAGCCUCUCUGCAUGUCUGCUCCAGUGUCACCAGGCCUGUGAGUGUUUUGAGUUUUAUGUUAACAUUUGUUUCUUCCAACGCCUUCCACCUGUUAACCUGCAGAGUGAGUACACCUUGACCUGCAUGCCAACCACUACUGUUCUCGUCUUAUACGUAGUCACAACUUUGCAGUCAGUCGCUGCUUGUAUUAGAACGACAGCAGUGACAUUUCGUGCUUUUAAGAUGUAGCGUAAAUGGUACAGACGAGAGGUUUGUGUUGAAAUGCCUUCAGUGUCACAAAGUGCCAGCAACUCGAGCCGAGCAGUUUCAACUGGUGCAGUGUCGCUGGUUACUUUUGAUUGUAGACUGGCUGCAUGUUUUGGCAUCUGACAGAGCGAAUGACAUUAAAGUGCCCCCAUACCAUGACAGGACAUGGUUUAAUCUUUCAUUUAGGUCCUGAUCUCCUGCAUGGCCUUUAUCGGUCUGCUAAAGAAAAUAAGUGUAGUUGAAUUUAAAUGAUUUGCUGCCCUGUUGUUUUGACUGUGGCCUUGUGAUUCCUGAGUCCAUUGAUUUGAUUCUCUUGUUUUGUUUUUUCCUUCUUUGCAGCAAAGGCCAAGUAAGCCCACCUCCAAUACCAAUUACUUCCAGGAACUUUGGUUGUGUUUUGUGUUGUGCAUGUGUGUAUUAGGCCACACAUCUUCCAAGAGCUGCAUGUCAGUGACGUCAUAUGAAGACAGGGGCUCAUUAAAGUUCAUACAUCCUUUUUAUAGAGAGGCCAUAAAUUAAUGUCUGAUGAAAACUAGCCAAUCCCACCUCCAUGAGUCUUUCCAUCCUCGUGCAUGACGAGCCUUAGACUAAGAUACAGUGCUCAUGCCAUCUUUUUAGACUAAGAUCUUAGUACUGUGUGCAGUAACUUGUACAUGAUUCCAUGGUGCAUGUCUGCUUGAUCAGCCAUCUGUUUUACCAGACUCGUGUAAUAAUAGACAAUGUAUAGUAUUGGUAAAUAGUAUAGACAUUCGUCAGAUAGUACAAAUGUUAAAUAAGCUCAAAAACACAGUUCAUCUUUCCUAAGGAAAUACUUUUAUGGGACAUUCAAAAACCAAACACUUCUUUUUGGCUUUGCACUGAGAUGUGCAACAUGUUCGGGCAGAUUUUAUUUAAUUUCUUUGCCACAUCUGAAGGCAGACGUGCAACGGUGCAGAUGUUUUACUAUGAGAACGGCAGGCAGUCCCUCGAUGGCGUUUCAUGCCAAACUGCUGUACUGUAUUUUCAGAGAUGAUUGUACAAUGUAUCACAUGAACUUUGGUUUCAGGUAAAUAAAACUGUCAUUGACAUUA